UCUUAAUGUGUGUAAACUUUCUGAAUGCAUGAUUUAAGUUAGUUUUUCUCUUUUGUAGCAGAAAUGUAGACACUAAUGUAUGUUUAGUAUCCCCCCGGUGUGCUGCGCGCCGUUUGUGUCCAUUUAGGAAUUGUGGAUUUUGUAGUGGAGUUCUACAGAUGGAACGUUUUCAGGAGUUUUGAAUAGUGCUUUAUUUCUUUCAAAAUAAGAAAUGUUAAUAUGCCUUUUUAUAGCUUAUAUUUAAAAGACCAGACCAGGUUAUAUUUAUACAUCCCAAACAUAAUAAUUAAAACUUGAAUACUGCGUGUUGAAAAUUAAUUUAGGUGUGUGUACGUGUGUGACUGGUGAUACUAUUUAAAGUCUACGAUGAAAUUGCCACAUAAAGUUCUUUGUAAACAAACAGUGAGUACACAAUGCUAGACAAUGUCAAAAUACUGUAUCCCAUUACUUUUGGUAUUGUAGGCUAUUUGAAUUAAAGUAUACAUUUUUAAAAGUUCACACAGUACUUUUCCUCAUUAAAAAAAGUUUUACAUCUAAAGAAAUGAAUCAUAGGUUUGAAACAUACAGUGGCGAGAAAAAGUAUGUGAACCCUUUAGAAUUACAUGCAUUUUUGUAUAAAUUUGUCUUAAAAUCUGGUUUCAAGUUACAAUAAUAACCAAACAAUCUGUUUUAACUAAUAACACAUAAAUUAUUGUAUUGUUCUUGUACGUAUUGAAUACAUAAUUCAAACAUUCACAGAGUAUGUUGGAAAAGUGUGUGAACCCCUUUGCUAAUGAUGUCAGCAAAAGCUAAUUAGAGUAAGGAGUUGGCAAUCCUGGCAUCCAAUUAAUGAAUCGAGAUUGGAGGUGUAGGUUAGAGCUACUUCGACUUAUAAAAAGCACUCAAACGUCUUGAGUUUGCUAUUCACAAGAAGCAUCUGCUGACGUUGACCGUGCCUUGCAAAAAAGAGAUCUCAGAAGACCUAGGAUCAAGAAUUGUUGCUUUGCAUAAAGCUGGAGAGGGUAACAAAGUUAUUUCGAAGAGCUUAGAUAUUCAUCUGUCCACAGUUGGACAAAUUGUCUAUGAAUGGAGAUGAUUUAGUACUAUGGCUAGUACUCUUCGUAGAAGAGGCCGUCCAGCCAAGAUGACUCAAAGGGCACAUCGCAGAAUGCUCAAUGGGGUAAAACAGAACCCUAGAGUGACAGCUAAAGACUUAAAGGAAUCAUUGGAACUGGUUAACAUGUCCGUUCAUAAGUCUACUAGACGAAAAACAUUAAACAGAGUAUAGCGGUGGUUGCCAGUUUGACCUCAGGGAUGGAGAUGGAGUUAGAUCCCGAGCUGGAGGAGGAGUUUGGGGUGUCUUUAGAUGAGUUGCGCAAGUGGAUUGAGGAGCAGGUGGACGGCAGUGAUGCUGUGCUGCAGAGGAAAGCUCAGCUGGCACAGCUGCAGGACUGGGUUGAGCAGAGGGAGAAAGAGGUCACCGAUAUGGACGCUCUCUGCUCCAAUGCCUCCGAGUCCGUGGGUCAGUGUGAGGCUCUGGUGAAGGAGGUAUACAGUAACAUGGGUCUAGUGUACCACGAGAGCAGCUCGGAGGAUGAGGAAGGAGGCCGGGCAAAAACUUCUGAGGUCAUUGAGAUUGAUGACGACGAUGAUGACGAUGAUGUCAUUGCAGUUGGUUGUGUGGUUCCUCCCAAGAAAAUUAUAACACCAGCCAAAGACCCAAAGUUAAUGGAAGCUUCAGCUGCCAUUCAGAGAACAUCUCAGCAGGUGCAGAACCUGGUGCAGACUGUCAACAAAACCCCAUCGGCUCUCACCACACCCACUAAGGCAGUACCCCCUCCCACGCAAGCACAUAGUGCUCUGACUGUUCCAGCAGUGUUUAUGUCCUCAGCCCCAAAGAACACGCCCACUCAACCAAACCCCAAUCUCAAACAGGAUAGCAUGAAGAUAGACAUGACUCUUUUGGGUAAAAAACGAACUAAGACAUGGCACCGUGGAACACUUAUUGCCAUCAAACAAAUGGGGAGCAAUUUUAAGUACAAGGUGAAGUUUGAGAAUAAGGGGAAGAGUCUUCUGUCUGGGAACCAUGUGGCAUUUGACUAUCACCCAACACUGGAGAGACUGUAUGUUGGUGCCCGUGUUGUUGCGAAGUACAAGGAUGGCAACCAAGUCUGGCUCUAUGCAGGCGUAGUUGCUGAGAUGCCCAACAGCAAGAACCGCAUGAGGUUCCUGAUCUUUUUCGAUGAUGGUUAUGCCUCGUAUGUGGGCCUGCCUGAGCUCUACCCUAUCUGCAGACCACUGAAAAAGUCUUGGGAAGAUAUUGAGGAUCAAUCAUGCAGAGAUUUCAUUGAAGAGUACAUCACAUCAUACCCCAACAGACCCAUGGUGUUGCUAAAGCCUGGGCAAAUUAUAAAGACAGAAUGGGAAGGGACGUGGUGGAAAAGCCGUGUGGAAGAAGUGGAUGGCAGUCUUGUCAAAAUGCUCUUCCUGGAUGAUAAGCGCAGUGAGUGGAUCUAUCGUGGCUCUACAAGACUGGAGCCUAUGUUUAAUCUGAAAAUGAACACCGCAAACAGUCAAGAGAAGAAGAUGGCUGGACAACAAAGACAGCGCCCUAAUAUGGGAGCGUUAAGGACUAAAGGCCCUGUUGUACAGUACACUAGUGACAACAGUUCUUCCACUCCCAAUCGACCUAUAGUCCCACAGCUCCCACCGCCUCGGACACUACCUGCCGGACCUCCACAACCUUCCCGCACAGAGAGUCCUGGCUUUAAGAGUCAAAUGGCUAAGAAGAGCACUGGUGCAGUUGUAUUGCAACCUCGCCAGGGCAUUACCUCUGACCUCCAGCCCAAAGCACUAAUCAGCACUGUUCCCCAUACCAAUACCUCCAGGCUCUUUCUUCUGCAGUCCGGCCCUGUGCAUACACUGACACCAAUCACUCAAGUCCAGCAUUCUGUGCAGUCAACAGUGUCAACAUACUCAAGUGAGCGUAUUCCUCAGGAGCCGUCAUACCAGGCUCCAAAUGAUCGACUGUUCUACCUUACACACUCCUGUACCCCAGACUGUAUGAAGCGAAUCCGGCCCACUCGACCAAACCUUCACAGAGGACGCAACCCCCUUCUUACACCUUUGCUCUAUGAGUUUCGCCGCAUGACUGGACGUAGACGCCUUAACCGCAAGAUGUCAUUCCAUGUCAUCUACAAGUCCCCAUGUGGCUUGAGUCUGAGGAAUAUGUCAGAGAUCCAGCGCUACCUAUUCCAGACACACUGUGACUUCAUCUUCUUGGAGAUGUUCUGUCUGGACCCCUACGUGCUGGUGGACCGCCGAUUCCAACCUCAGAGGCCCUUCUACUUCAUUCGGGACAUCACAGGUGGCCGUGAGGACAUCCCCCUGUCCUGUGUGAAUGAGAUUGACAGCACUCCUCCACCCAAUGUGGCUUACAGUAAAGAGAGGAUCCCAGCAGAUGGAGUCUUCAUUAACACAAGCUCAGACUUCCUGGUGGGCUGUGACUGCACUGAUGGCUGCAGAGACAAAUCAAAGUGUUCAUGCCAUCAGUUAACUCUACAGGCUACAGGGUGUACUCCAGGAGGACAGAUCAACACCAACGCUGGAUACCAUCAAAAGAGGCUGGACGAGUGCCUCCCUACAGGGAUCUAUGAAUGUAACAAGCGGUGUCGCUGUAAUCCUCAGAUGUGUACUAACCGUCUGGUUCAGCAUGGUUUGCAGGUCCGGCUGCAGCUUUUUAAGACCCAGAAUAAGGGCUGGGGCAUCCGUUGCCUUGACGACAUUGCCAAGGGCUCCUUUGUUUGUAUUUAUGCAGGUAAAAUCCUGACUGAUGACUUUGCUGACAAGGAAGGUCUGGAGAUGGGUGAUGAAUAUUUUGCCAAUCUAGACCACAUUGAGAGUGUGGAGAACUUUAAGGAAGGAUAUGAGAGUGAGGCUCACUGCUCUGACAGUGAGGGCAGUGGAGUAGACAUGAGUAGGGUUAAACUUCCAGCUUCAUCCCGCCACGGCAAACCCACCAUCAAGACGGAGGAGCGUAACAGCAGCACUACAGGCAAAAGCCAAGACGAUUCAUCUGAAGACAGUGACGAUGACAAAGACGAUGACUCUAAUGAGGACGAGAGUGACAGCUCCGAUGACACAUUUGUGAAAGACACUUACUACUCUUCCAGCUCAGUGUGGAGGAGCUACACCACCCGCAGACAGGCCAAAGGAAUGAAGGAGGAGAGCCAGGACAGUAAAGAUGGACUGAGCGUGUCAGCAGGAGAGGAGAGGAAACCACCUCCCAUGCCAGAGGAGACUGGGAAGAGUAAAGUGGCAUCUUGGCUCACCAGUCAGUCCCCCAGCUCUGGCAAUCAGAGUGUCAAAAUGGAGGGAGGAGUGAAGGUAGAGAAGAAGGAUGUGAUGACCCUCUCUGACAGUGAUGAUGUGCAAACUAUCAGUUCAGGCUCAGAUGACAACAAGGAGAGAGCAAAAAAGACUCAAGCUGUGGUAAAGAGGCAGGUGGCAGUGAAGUCCACACGUGGUAUUGCUUUGAAGUCCUCCCACAGUAUGAUGGUGAAAUCAGGGGGAGCAGGUGCAGGAGGUGGGUCAGGCCCAUCUCAUGGGCAUGGCGGGGGAGACAUUGGUCCUAAGAACACCCGUCAGUUUUUUGAUGGGGAGGAAUCUUGUUACAUUAUUGAUGCCAAACUGGAGGGCAACCUUGGACGCUACCUCAAUCAUAGCUGUAGCCCUAAUCUGUUUGUCCAGAAUGUGUUUGUGGACACUCAUGAUCUGCGGUUCCCCUGGGUGGCCUUCUUCGCUAGCAAGCGAAUCCGGGCAGGGACGGAGCUGACAUGGGAUUAUAACUAUGAAGUUGGCAGUGUGGAAGGCAAGGAGCUUCUGUGCUGCUGUGGAUCAACAGAAUGCAGAGGACGACUGCUCUAACACACACACACACAAACAGUACCCCUGUUUUUAGAUGCCUUAGUGAAAACUUGCUUAGAGCUCAUGAAAGCUGGUAGUGCUGAUGAGAAUUGAGAUGACACUGAAUGAAGAGGCAUUUGUUUAGAACUCAUUAAAACUGUAAAAAGUACAUGAUCAUGUGCCCUCAACUGUGCUCUUCGGUUAAAGUCCAAAAUAAGAAUAUGGCAUUUAUCUAUCCAGCUAUGGUUUACAAAAUUCUUCCACCACACACCUGUUUCUUUUAACAUACAUCUGUCAAUUUUAUCUCCCUGAUUUAUUGCUUAGUCAUACUUUCCCUUCUCUUUUAUAAAAUACAUUGUUUUGAUGAUGAGGAUACUUUUUUAAACUCCUAGUUUUGUGUUUUUGUCUUAGUGUGCUACUGUUAAGAUGUGCAGUUGUUGGUCAACAAGUUUAUGAACACAGACGAAAUUGUACUUUUGUCUCAAUUUGAAUAAAAGUUCUCAAUAUAAAGACCAAAAA